AUGGCAGAUCAGGCUCCAUCUACAAUGAGUAAAAAACGAAGCAAACCGUAUUCUGAAGUGGAAAAAGCUGUUUUAUUGGAACUUAUCAACGAUUACAAAGACAUUAUGGAAAACAAAAAGCAUGAUUCCAAGGUUUCAAAGAAAAAGGAACUUGCGUGGGACAGUGUUACUAGAAAAUACAACUCGGAACCAAAUGUACACCAUCAAGAUAAAGCACAGCUCAAGACGUUUUGGAAAAAUGUUAAAAUGAGAACAAAGAAGGACAUUGCUGAAGAAAAGCGUGAAAGGAUGGCAACAGGGGGUGGAAAAGAUCCCUCAACUGUUGACAGUAUGACGGAACGAGUCUCGUCGAUGAUUCCUUCGCAGAUACGGCCGCUUCUGAACCCAUUCGAUGAUGAUGUUGAAAUGGAUGAUGAUGAUAAUUUCGACAUUCCUGAAAGAGUUGAAAACUCUUCUACCUCAUCACACCCAUCAUCACAUAGCCUCCAAACGCUUUCUCUGCAUUCCGGAACUACUGGGGGAAAAGCUGCAUCCAGAAUUUCGUCCUCGGAUUCUCCUGCAACACAACGUACAUUACCGUCAGCUGCGUUCGGGAGUGCUAAAUCGUUACUUCAAUCGUCCGACGCAUUAUCUGCCACUAGUUCGAGGGUGUCAAACUCCACGGCCUGCAAUUAUAACAGAAGGAACAACCGUGAAGCAACUGUUACGGAUGAUGCCUGUACCUCUGAAAUACGUUCAACUGGGAAAGAGCAACUGAUUACAUUUGCCAAAGCAGAGCACGAGCUAAAGAUGAAAUACUGGAGGAUGAAAAUCGAUUUCGCCCAAAAAGAGCAUGAUGCCAAAAUGGAAACGUACAAGAAACAGACUGAUAUGUUUGACAGGGUUCAGGGAAAUAAGUGUGUCGACCAAAGUACGGAACUCAUUGAUGGGAGACACGAUAGGCAUACCCAUUUGCAUUUAUCGCCAGUGGUAUCUUGGUUGAAUGUUGAAUAA